AUGGCCGACCAACAACCAGGCAGCGGUGCCUCUACCCCGAACCCAGCUGCUACUUCCUCCUCGAACCCCACAAACAGCCGCUUUGCCCCCCAAAAUAAGACCGUUCAAGAGCGCGUCUCCGACUCGACAGUAGGCCUCGUCAACCUCGCCGACUUCCGCAAGCGACGCGCCGAAGUUCUCGAGCAACAGCACCGUGAAGUUCGAGAGGCAGCCAUUGCUGCUGCGCGGGGGACCGGGACAGUCGACACAGAUACCAGCGCCGCAGCAACGCCGCUAGACCAGUCAACAACGGGGUCGCCUGCCCCUGGCACUGACGCAGAGAAUGGAGCGACGACUUCAGGACAAGGGGAAGGGAAGAGCAGCGAAGGCGAAUUCCAACAGAAGAAGACAACAACGACGACGGGAGAACGAAAAGCGAAGAGGAUAAAGACCAAGAAGGCGUUGGUGAGCUUCGGGGACGAGGAAGAGGGGGAGGAGGAGACUUUUGUUGUGAAGAAGAAGGCGAAGACAGCGGCGAAGGACGAUACGGCGAAGACAGACGGCGAGGGCGGAGACAAGAAAGAGGACAACACGACAGAGGAAGCAACAACAGCCACGACAACAAACCGCGAAAGCAGCGUCGACGCCUCCGACGUCCCAAAGAAGAAAAUCGUCAACACCACCGCCCCCAUCAUCCCCCGCGCCCUAACCAAAGCCGCUCUCCGCCGCGAAGCCGCCGAGCGCGAAGCCAUCCGCAAAGAGUUCCUGGCCAAACAAGCAGCCGUUAAGGCAUCGGAAAUCGCAAUCCCCUUCGUCUUCUACGAUGGUACCAACAUCCCGGGAGGCAUGGUACGCGUGAAGAAGGGCGACCACGCCUGGCUGUUUCUUGACAAGUCACGGAAGGUGGGCGCGGAGAGGGGCGUGGGGCAGGACAAGAUUCUGAAUGCGCGGAGGGCGUGGGCGAGGGUUAGUGUGGAUGAUUUGUUGCUGGUUCGGGGGAGUAUAAUUAUACCGCAUCACUACGAAUUCUACUUCUUCAUCAUCAACAAAACCAUGGGCCCCGGUAACAAGCGGCUAUUCGAUUAUCCGACGACGCUCUUGUCCUCCUCAUCGGACCCCGCCUCCACAUCUUCUUCAACAGCUCCCUCGAUCGAUUCCGCAAUCUCAACACCAGCCUCCCGCCUCGCCGCCCUCCCCGAAAUCAUGACCCUCGAAGGCGCAAACGACGACCCCACCUUCACCAAAGUCGUUGAUCGUAGAUGGUAUCAGCGCAACAAACAUAUCUACCCGGCGAGCACGUGGCAGGAGUUUGAGCCGGAGAAGGAUUAUCAGAAUGAGAUAAGGAGGGAUUUGGGCGGGAAUGCGUUUUUCUUUUCGAGGUGA